UGAAUAGAACUUCAAUGUGAAGUAUCAUUGUAAAAAGGGUUAGAGGAAGAAAUCACAGUUAUAGAGACAGAUGGAGGAGAAAAAGAGAGAAUGAAGCAUGUGUUUAUGAAAGGGUAUUAACAAGCACCACUAAUGGCCUUAAAAAAAAUAGCCACUGUUCUUUGCAAUAUCUGUCCCUGGAUCAGGUUUUCUUGUUUAUCUCUCUCUCCCUUCCUCCCUUCCUUCCUUACAAUUGCAUAAUUAUGCUUUUAAUGCUUAAAGAGAAAAAUAUAAUUGUCAAGGAUUAUUUGGCUUUCUGACCCUAGUAUUUACAUUUACAGAUGAUAUUAAUGUAUAUUAACAACUUGUUUUGUUGUUAAGGGGGAUAACCUGAUGGCUUUGGCAGAGGCAACAAUUACUCUUGCAGAAAUAUUAGAAUUGAAAGCAGACCCCACAGGUCCAGUGGAAGGAACAGUUAUAGAAUCUUUCACAGACAAAGGAAGAGGUCCUGUUACUACAGCAAUAAUUCAAAGAGGAACAUUGAGAAAAGGCUCAAUUCUGGUUGCUGGGAAGAGUUGGGCAAAAGUGCGCUUAAUGUUUGAUGAAAAUGGAAAAUCAGUUAAUGAGGCCUACCCUAGCAUGCCAGUGGGGAUUAUAGGCUGGAAAGACCUCCCUUCUGCAGGAGAUGAAAUUCUUGAAGUAGAAUCUGAGGCAAGGGCACAUGAAGUUGUUGACUGGAGGAAGUAUGAGCAGGAGCAGGAGAAAAAUAAAGAGGCUCUAAAAACAAUAGAAGAAAAGCGAAAGGAACACCAAGAGGCGCACCGGAAGGACCGUGAGAAGUAUGGCAAUUUGCACUGGAAGGAGAGAUCAUUUAUAAAGUACCAAGAAAGAAAAGAACAAAAAUUAUUAAGGCCAAAAGAGAAAGUAGAAAGAGAUUCAAAUAUGCUUCCUAUAAUUAUUAAAGGUGAUGUUGAUGGUUCUGUUGAGACCAUUUUGAACAUUAUGGAUACCUACGAUGCUUCACAUGAGUGUGAACUUGAAUUAGUACAUUUUGGUGUGGGUGAUAUUAGUGAAAAUGAUGUUAACCUUGCUGAAGCAUUUCAUGGUAAGGAUUCCAUUCCUGUUUAACUGUGUUCCCUAAAA